CUGUCAUUUGUGCUUUGAAGUGGUUGAAAGAGCAAAAAUGUCUUACAACAGAAAUAAGGAUAAAAGGGACUCGUUGGAUAUGAAUGACUUAAACUGUUCAUCAAAAGAGACAAAAGAACAGAAUGAAACAGAAGUGGAAGCCGCUACUGAAUUUGGAGAGGUUUUAUUGGUGAAUGAAAAAGACAAGAAGAACUGUAAAGGCAUCACACUAAUUUAUAGUAUCAACGACAGGCCGCCAUGGUAUUUGUGCAUACUUUUAGCAUUCCAGCAUUAUAUUUUGGCCUUUGGAGGUAUAAUAGCAAUUCCAUUAAUCCUAGCUGAACCUUUGUGUGUAAAACAUGACAAUUAUGUGAAAAGCCAGUUGAUAUGCACCAUAUUCUUUGUAUCUGGGAUUUGCACCCUUCUUCAAACAACCAUAGGCACAAGAUUGCCAAUUCUUCAAGGGGGUACCUUCAGCCUCAUUACUCCAACAUUAGCUAUAUUAUCUUUGCCAAAGUGGCAAUGUCCAAAUAAUGAUGAACUUAUAUAUAAUGGAACUGCAAACUAUUCUGAAAAGGACCCCGAUAUCUGGAAAUUGCGCAUGAGAGAAAUUCAAGGUGCAGUGAUAGUGGCUUCAACACUGCAAGUCCUGCUGGGAUUCACUGGAUUAAUUGGAUUUCUGUUGCGGUUUAUUGGACCUCUAGCUAUAACACCAACCAUAACACUUAUAGGACUUUCAUUAUUUGGGGAAGCAGGAAAGAAAUGUGGUGCCCAUUGGGGAAUAGCUGCACUAACCAUUGCAUUGAUUGUGAUCUUCUCACAGUAUCUUGUAAACAUACAGUGUCCAAUAAUACGCUACAGCAAAGGGAAAUGGCAUUUCGGCAAAUAUCCCAUUUUCAAACUGUUUCCGGUAUUGCUGGGAAUGGGCCUUUCUUGGCUGAUCUGUUACCUUUUGACAUACUUCAAUGUAUUUCCAAGUAACCAGACAAGUUAUGGGUAUGCUGCUCGAACUGAUAUUGACAUUGAUGCAGUAAACAACGCUCCUUGGUUUCACGUACCAUAUCCAGGUCAGUGGGGUUGGCCCACAGUGAGCUUGUCCUCAGUACUUGGAAUGUUAGCUGGUGUUUUGUCCUCUACAAUAGAAUCAGUUGGCGAUUACUACACUUGUUCAAGGUUAGCUGGAGCCCCAUUGCCUCCAACUCAUGCAAUAAACCGUGGAAUCGGAAUAGAAGGAAUUGGAUGUAUACUGGCUGGCCUUUGGGGAACAGGAAACGGGACAACUUCUUAUAGUCAGAAUAUUGCGGCUUUGGGAAUUACAAAGGUGGGGAGUCGCUUAGUCAUGCAAACUGCUGGAAUCCUUUUACUCAUUUUAGGGGUCUUUGGGAAAUUUGGAGCAAUUUUCAUCACCAUUCCAGAACCUGUAAUAGGAGGAAUGUUUAUGGUCAUGUUUGGUAUGAUUGCAGCAGUAGGCAUUUCAAAUCUACAGUAUGUGGACUUAAAUUCAUCAAGAAACCUAUUUAUCCUAGGAUUUUCAAUGUUUAGCGGCCUUGUUAUCCCAACAUGGUUGGCAAAAAAUCCAGGAUUUAUCAACACAGGAGUAGAAGAACUUGAUCAAGCACUUACUGUACUGCUGACAACUAAUAUGUUUGUUGGAGGAUUCUUUGGAUGUCUACUGGAUAACACAAUACCAGGUUCAGAUGAAGAAAGAGGAACUUCAGCUUGGCAUAAACAAAUGCACCCAGAGAAAACUAAUGGUAGCACUGAGCAAUCUUGUUAUGAUCUGCCUUUUGUCACAAAAUACCUUAGAAGGCUUUCAUGGAGCCGUUACAUUCCAUUCUUACCAGCAUUUCAUAUGAAGAAUUAACUGCCCUAUUCCACAAGAGUUGGUUUCCUGCAUUCCCAGGCAUCUAAUUAUAAAGUCAUUCAAAUAAAUGGAUUAACUUUAGAACCGUAGUUUUACAUUGAAAUAUAUUAACUUGUAUCCCUGGAAAAUGUUGAAAUAGCUUCCAGGGUCUCUAAGAAUGUUAAGGUGAACAAUGAAGGAAAUUGCAAAUUAUUAGUGACAUUGUAUUUAUAGAACCAAUGCAAAUAUCAUUAUAACCCAGUCAUCAACCCUCUCAUUUUCCAAAUGUUUCGAUACAUAUUUUCCUAUCUAUGUCAUAAAUUUGGCAGGACCAACUACAGUUAUCCCAGAGCAGCUUCAUUGUAUAUCCUGGGGGGGGGAUUAUUUAUUUCUUUAGCUGUGUAAUAAGUAAUUCUAUCUAUAUCUGGCCAAAAACACUUGUCAGUUACAACCCCUUCAAUAUUGUACAUAGACAGUGGAGAAGAUUUCAUCAGAAUCUAUUUCAUUACCGAUUACAUUUUCCCAUUUUAACCCCAGCCCAUCCUUCAGCAGCACAUGACAUCACAGACAAUGCCACUGGGAUCAAUAUCUGAACCCAAACAAAAGGCUUACACGGGGCUUCUUAGAAGCCGUUCUUGUCUGUGACCUACAUGUAUCUUUUUCUUUUACAUGCAGACUAUUAAAUAGCUUUCCAUGAGUGAUAACACUUCCCAGUCGAUUGCCUGUAUGCCUUAAGUGCACCUACCAAAUUAAUGUGUUUAUUUAACUUCCAUGGUCCAAAUUAAAAUCUUCAUAAAUGACUGAUUCCAUUGCAUUGGAAAGUAAGAUGGUGUCAGGGGAAGCAAUUUAUCAUUGCAUUUCUCACAUUCCUGUUAGGAAGUAUUGUACAGUGCUUAGACACAGGACACAUUUAUGUUAUUUGACUUCUCUUAGUCUACAUAGCUAUAUAACAUUUUCAAACUUCUAGCCAUGUAGAAACUUAUCUAUAAACAAACAGAACACAGACAGAAAUGCAUUGCACCUGCAUACAUUUUCUUAGGCAUACAAAAUAAAUAUCAAUGUUGUCAUGCUAUGAAUUGUGCAUUUGCUUUUAUAUUUAAAGUCCUUAGGGAAAAUACUUGUUCUAACUCUUGAACCUGAGGCCUUUUUUGGUAAUACUUCAAGUGUCAAAUGAAAACAUAUCUCUGUUGAACAGUGUCAAUUCUGCUAAUAAAAGCAAAAUAAUUGCAAAUGA